UUAGGUGCCUGCGGCGCCAUCACGUCUCUCCGGGACAGAGAGAAAAACGUCUGUGGAACUGCUGUAAAGCCGUCAAAGUUCGUCGCUGCUUGAAGAGCUGAUGGUUCGGUGAGAGCCGCAAAUCAGUCGGCAGUGAGGAAGAUAGGCAAUGGCUUGUACUUAGAUACCUUAAGUAUGGUCCUUGGCAGGCACCCUCAGAAAGGAUUAAUAAAUGAAUAAAAUAAAUAAAGUACAAACCAAAUAGAGCAAGUCUGCCGUCAGCUGAAAACGGGAAAGCAAUUGAGUAAUGUUAAACAAGCCAGUUUUCUCUCAGUCGAUAGCAGUGGUUGAAAGUGAAGCGCCAUCGGUUAUUGUUAAUGCUGUAUAGUUAAAGCUGUAAUUGUUUGGAUGUGUAUAUGUGUGUGUGCGUGCAUAUGUAUUUCUACAUGCAGCGCAUCGAAUUGGUUUUGUAGAUUCGAGUUGAUUUCAAUAUACGUCCAUAUUUGAUCCAUCCACUGUAAAACGAUGUCGAAUCUACCAGAAGGAACGUCAUACCAGAAAGGCAAACUGCACUUUGCAGGUCGAAGUGUGGCAGCGCUGGCUGAACAGUUCGACACUCCACUAUACGUGUACUCUGAAGAGACGCUUGAGAAGAGCUUGUCUCGAUUUCCGUUGACGCGACCUGGCGUCACAGUGUGUUAUACCGUGAAAGCCAAUAACAACCUCGAACUACUUUCAAAAUUGAAUAAAAUUGGCGCGUCGUUUGAUGUCGCGUCGUUAGAGGAGCUCCGCAGAGUUGUAACUGCCACUCAAACGAAUGAGGUUCUGAAAAAAUGCGUUGCAACAGGGCCCGUGAAAUCUGUCCAGUUUCUGAAAGCAUGCCUGGCCCAUGACGUAUUUUCGAUACAUGCAGAAAGCGAAGCCGAACUCGCUCGCAUUAGUUCCUUGCGAGAAUCCUUUUCCAGCUCGCGGACCCGUGUAGCAUUACGUGUCAACCCAGAUGUUAUUGAUGAAACUGGUUAUCACCAUCUGAUGACGACGUCAAGUUGUAGCAAGUUUGGAGUUUCUCCGCAGGAAGUAUUACACCUAGCAGAUAAGUAUUCCAUUCAAGGCCUGCACUACCACAUAGGCUCGCGUGUACUUAAUGAACAGGUUCUUUACCGGGCUCGCGAUGUCAUCCUUCGAUUGCUGGGGCAACUUGAACAGCGAGCCGAGUCUAAAUCACGAAUUGAGUACGUCGAUAUUGGGGGCUCUCUUGGAGUAAGCCACGGAGAUGGGCAGGUACCUUUUGACAUCCCUCGAGUACUUGAUACCAUCAUCACACCCUUCGUGAACAGGGGGUUAAACGUGUAUCUCGAGCCUGGACGUUCAAUCGUCGCACAAAGUGCAGUUUUAUUGACCCGAGUUGAGUAUACAAACUCAAGCGGUGGACGCCACUUCGCUCUCGUAGACGCAACUAUGACUGAUUUUAUCCGUCCUGCCGUGUACGGUGGCUAUCACCGUAUAGUUGCCGAAUGUGAACCACCUUCAGUAUCUCCCUCUGCACUGGUUGGGCAGCUUACCACAGCGUGUGCUUCAUCGGUGAUUCAUUCAAAUGGACAAGCAACAUAUCUUUGCCACUGGGGUGCAUCGCAUGAUGUCGUUUCGAAAACAGCUAGCAUUGAUCGGCGGAAGGCUGACGGUCUGCGUCAGGCAUCGGGGUCGCCAGGUGAAGAACGUCGACCAGUACCCAGCCCACGCUCAACGCGAAGACUGAUAACCACAAACCGGGAUGAAAGCAAUAACAACAGCAGCAUCAUUACCAACAAGUCAGAUUCAAAAGUCGAUAGCAUCCCGUCGGAUCUUCGAGGUUCGCGGGAAUCGCUAGACGGUCUUCUAUCAGAGAUGCAGGGCAGUCGCUUGUUCAAAAAACAACAAACACCUUCGGUACCCCCGAUGCCAAGCCCGCGUGUUAACCGCAGAACCAGUGGGGAAGCCGGCACGUUACCAUACGACGUCGUCGGGCCCGUAUGUGAGUGCGCGGAUUUCCUAGGAUUGCAGUGUGUUCUUCCAGUUCUUCAUGAAGGGGACCUUCUUGCCGUAGCGGACGUUGGGGCAUAUGGGUAUAGCAUGGCGUCAAAUUAUAAUUCUCGCUGCAGGCCAGCACAGGUAAUGGUACUCAGAAAUGGCGACGUAAAGCUACUCAGUCGUCGCGAAAUGCUAGAAGAUCAGUUGAUGCUGGAAAGGAACCUUCAAAGUUUCGAAAUGACGUAAUGAGCUAAUUCCAUAAUUGGCUUCAAUAGACGCUCGGACAAAGCUACUUAACAUUAGGUCUGUGACGAAAUUGAUUAUCAUUAUAUAUAUGGCAAUAAUAAUAAAUUAUGAAAUGAAAGCUAAUAUUGGAGCUGUUAUUCUAUAGACUAUUUUUAUAUUUAUUAUAUUGCCGUAGAUAUGAUUUGUUGACCCGAGACAAAGGUAAAUGCAGAGCUAAAAAUGUUCACCUAAAUGUAUUAUUAACAAAUUAUAUUUUGUCCUACUGCACGGAGAGACGCAACUUCUGGGAUUUCAGUUCAAGUUUAGUCAUGCAAACGAACAGACGGUCCGCUGCAGUGCGACCGAGGAAUCUAUGUUGAACGACAAACUUACGUCCAACGUUUAUCGUACCGAUAAACACCUGAGUUAUAGAGAUAUUUGCGAUGAAUUUGACCGUAACUAAAGUCAAGUUUCUAUUAACAGAACGUGAACCUGUCGAAAAAAAAUAAUAAUUACUCAUUGGGCUCGGAUCCGAAGUGAAGUUACAAUGAACUUAAACAGAGACCAUAGGAGGUCCUCCAUGUCGGAGAAAUUAAAGAUCAAAAAUCAACGCCUACUACGGCACUGAAAUAGCUCGAUACAAACCUACACUAUAACAGAAGUAUAGGUGUAGGCGAAAAUUAUGCCCUCUUAGAAGGUCUACGCGUGCCUCGGCCUAUAGCUGCGGAAAUUGUAAGGUGUAAGUAUACUAUGUUACACAAACCCUAAAGGUCUAAAAGGCCGUAUAACAAUACACUGAUGUAACAUUUCGUACAAUGCUUCUCCGUACCUCAGUGCCUGGGCUUAUGAAUAUAGUGUUUACCAAAUGCGGUUAAAGCUAUAUUAUAGAAAUCAAGUGCUUGUCAAGGCCGCAUGGCAAUGUCCAAAUUUUUAGGCCUGGAUAACUUAGGUAAUGAACGUCUGGCACACAAUUUUAUCAAAUUCGUGCUAGGCAAGCCUCUUUAACCUUUGCCUUACUACCAAAAGCACACUAAAGGUAGAUAAGUGUAUAUUAACACUUAUCGUCGUCGAAGAGUCAGGAAAAUCGAUUCUUUUAAGCUUAAGGUUUGGACGAAAUCUGCCUGACGAGGAGCACCCGAUUCCUAAGUGCUGUUGGAAAAAAUACUCUCAAGGGAGAAUUCAUACAUAGUGUUUUCGCAGAUUUUUUUUUACACGCAUCUGAUUCAAGUUUGCGAACCCUGGUACUCAAAAAGUUGGCACAGUGGAUAGAUCUGUCUAAAGGGAUAUACCUAUUAUUCGUAUAGUUACUCGCGUUACUGGUCGCCAACUUUCUACACCAAAUACCUAGCAAGCGCCCGUUAUUAAAAAUCAUCAUGUACACGAAACACCUUAAACUGUAUGGUAGCAGUUGAUUUCACGUGCGACAAGGGGUAGCAAGCUUCAGUUACACGGCCCUAAUACCUUUAAUUUAAUGAAAAAAACUUCACAUAUUUAAAAAAUAUUUAGUCAGCUUAUAAAGAUACUCAGCUUGAAUUAAAGUCGUUUCGUGCACAUAUGAAGGACAGAGUACACGAAGCGUCCGUGCGCGCCGCAUCAAUUCAUAACCUAUAACGGCACUUGCCCCAAAACAGCAGCGAGCCCUCUUCAGAUAAAUGUAGCUUUAACGGCAUCUUACAUCGUUCGCUUAUAUUGGGCAAAAACUACCUGCUGCCUAUUUCGGAAUCUUGCACAGAGUCAAGUCUGCCAUCCAAAAAGGAUUUUCAAUUUUCGUUCUCCUGCAAGAUAAAAAGGCUAGCUUAAAUAGUUGCGGCAUACCCCUCUUCUUUUGACAAACGUUAGAAACAGAGCGCACCGUGUGGGACAUUUAAAUAUAAGCAAUUCGUCAGAUUUUACAAAGAGCAGACGACGAAAGCAACGGGUAAUAGUUAAUGGAGGUGUGUGUCUAGAAUGAAGCGUUGCAAUGAUACGCAGUAUGGCCCCAAUCAUUAACUUUUCUCGACUAUCGGUCCGAAUCACGGUUAUUUUUAUAAAUCUAGUGGAUUGUUAAACUACUUUUCCUCGACGAUAAUUAUCAAAUAUUAACGUUACUUACAGGAAGAACGACGUUCAGUCCUUCAAUGCGCUUUUUUGGGGACAGAAUCAUGUGAGUGGCAAAUUUUGCAUGUGUACUCAGUUAGUGGUCGCUUAGUUCUAAGAGAAAGAGAUCAAUUUGAAGAAUUUAAAAUAUUUUCACAUAGGCACGCAAGAACGCUCCCUACAAAAAAAGGCGAAUGAAGGUAAACAAAAAUAAUAAAGACUAUUUCUCAAGGUGUUCCUUAAAUGUACAGAAUUUAUUUGUAGGAAGUGCGUGCAUCGUUUAGAGCGCUCCGUUAGGGAUUUUCCCCUUCGGGAGCUCUGUAGAGAAAACUACCCACCCAUGACCUUUCAGCAGCAAGUAUACUAACAGGACAAGGGAAAUGACAAACAAAUAUAAAUGAAAAUCGUCAUUAUCAUUGCAACAACGAUAACCAAUGACAACUAUUCCGCAUGGCAAUUAAUAGUAGACGUAUCAAUGAUCAACAGUCGGGGCAGAGCACUUGAAGCACAAAUUUGUAGAAAUGAAACAGCGGAUGAAACUUUUACAUGGAUCCCCAAAAAUUGAGCACGUUCAAUUUAGGUUUAGCUUCAGUCGUCACGCAUUUUCAUUGGUAAAGUGACUACGUACAUCCACAUUAUUCGAUUGUAGAUACAAUGAGGUUUACGGUGACAGUUGAGGCAUGUUUUUUGUUUCGGUGACAAUUCGAUGAAAAUUAUGUCCUUCGCUGGGAAGCAAUAUGAUUAGAUAGAGGCCUUUAGAUGGGACUGAAAUGGGCCUGCGGGUCAUACAGCUAGUGUGCCAUAAUGGCACUAGACAUCGAAUGCUUUGAUGGUCAGGCGGUGCAUGCAUCCUGUUCACGGAGUCGUUUGACUGUAGAUUCACUAUUCAAUUAAUAAAACACAAUUGGUCUAUAAAUCUGCGUGUGGUUGCAUAAUAGACAGACAAACAGUAUUACGAUCAAAGCCAUGUUUCUUCGUAUCACAGUAAGGCAAAAGCUUACACUGAUGGUACGGUUCCUGAGUUCAAUCCUAAUGGUAGCUAUUGUCAAGGUGAUUGGUAAAAAAAA